CUGCAGAGGGCUCCCCACCCCCACCCACCGGGCCGGAGCCACUGAGGAUGAGAGCUUGUCAGGUGUCUAUUACACACUACAUUUUCCAUGGCUAAAAACUGUCUUUCUCUUCCUACAAUAUCUCUGAAAAACUAUUGAAACCCUAGGAAAAUGACCUAAGAACUGCUUUGGAGUGUAAGGAGUUCCACAAGUGACGCGCUAAUGGAUGACAGACAGUUUCCUACAAAUGAUCCCCAGAUAGUCUCAAAAGACAGGCUUCAGGCCGGUGACGGGGUACAAGGUGUGGGAACUCGUUUGGCUCCUUCAUCUGAUGAAAAUGAAAAUCAAUUUGGUGAUGGGACUGAGGUCCUGACCAGCAGUGACAGUGCAAUGGGAAGGCAGGAAAAGGUUGAGCAGGACAGUAUCAAUAAUAAUGAAAACCUGGAUAGUAGACAUUAUUCACUGAGCAGUAAAGAAGAGGAGACUGGGAAGAGCUUUAUAAGCCUCCAUACAGACAUCCACACAGAGCAAAAACCUGUUCUAGAAAUACAGACAGUUGGAAAAAGAAGUCCAAGAAGCAAAAAAGGGUCCGGUAGGAAGUCUACAGGCACUCCUCCAGUGGAGACUACGGCAGGAAAGGAAGAGAAUGUUCUUGUUGCAGCCUCAGAGACUGUGCGUGAGGAAGACACCAAUAAAACAAAUGCAAACUGUCAGCAAAAGAAGCAAAAGCAGAUUUUGCAGCCUCUCUUCUCCCUGCUUCGAGAAGAGGUUGAGCAGAUGGACUUGAGGAUACUGCCCCUGUGUCUUCAUCAGAUAGCUGAGACCUAUUUUCAGGAGGAGGAAUAUGAGAAGGCAAUGAAAUUCAUUCAGCUUGAAAGACUAUAUCAUGAACAGCUACUUGCAAAUCUUUCUUUUAUACAGGAGCAGUGGGAAAUGAAGUGGAAAACAGCUGUGCCUAGGACAGUUACAACUCUGAGGAAUUCAGCUAAAGGACUUAGCAAUGAAGAGUUAGAAAAGCUUGCUAAACUUUGUACAUCACAUCAAGAGCCAUUUGCCUCCACACACAAGCUAAUAACAGCAGAAAAGUCUGAGGGAGGCAGUUGUUUUGUCCAGUUAAUGGAAUCAGAAGAUUUACAGGAAAGAGGUGCUGCUGCUUGCGAUUCAGGUAUUGAAACUUGGCCUGGCACUGGACCAAAGAAAGAAAAUCAGCAGAGCGAGAGAGAGAUGAGUGAGAGCUCCCUGUAUGAAAGCAAAACUGAUAGGCUUACAGAGGCAGUGAGUCUUCCGGUAGCUGCAGGGGAGAACCACAUGGAGGAGCAGCACUGCAGUGCUGAUUCAACACUGGAGCCCCACACCCAGCCCACGGGGACAGUGGGCAGGCCUUGUUCUGACUGUUUAUCAUCUGGGGAUGCCGGUAAAGAUAACAACAGUUUGCAGCAGAGAGAAACACAGCUCUCUAAGGAUGUGGCAAAAACAGAAGACACAGCUGAGGAGCCUGGAGUAGAACACUCUGGUGAGCCAAUGGUAGACACCUUUGUUUUAACAGAUGAUGAUUACAUGCCUCCUGAUUUGAUUUCUAAAGAUGAAAAUAUACAGGCUGACAGACAUUUACUCAGGUCAAAAAGCUGUGCUGGCACUGCAGAAACUGCCAGUGGCCAGCUAGGAAAUAGUGGAUUAAACCAGCAGCAGAGACAGUCUGGAGAUGAUGGUGGAAAAUCCCCACAGGAUAGAACUGCAUCAAACAUUUGUGAAAACAUGUGCUAUGGAAGUAAUAAAGUACCUGAACAUACAAGUACUGCACAUCCAAAAGUAUGCAAAGAAAGACAAGAAGCAGCAGAGCAGGUGGAGAAGCAGGAAAAGGUAAAUAAUGAAGAAUCAGAGGAUUUCUCUGUCAGAUAUUUAUGGAGUAGCAUAAAAGACACUGAAGAAUCCCUUGCAAACUUAGAAAAUCAAGAGGACUUGGAAACUCUUUCCCCAGGACAAGCAUCUUACAACUCCCUGGAGGGUCUAUCAGAAGACAGCUUUUCUUCACUUGAUGAACUCGCAAAAAGGAUAGAGAUUGCAGAGACUGCCCCAGCAGAAGGACUGGUGUCCAUACUAAAGAAGAGAGAUGACAGAGAAGGAAAGUCACUUGCUCAAGUUCAGCAGAAGCAGAAAAAGAGAAGAGUGAGAUUCCAAGAAAUGGAUGAUACCUUGGAUCAAGAUGAAGUUGCUGGCGGCUCCUGCAUUUUGUUGAUCCUGCUGUGCAUAGCAACAGUUUUCCUUAGCAUUGGAGGGACUGCACUGUACUGCACCUUUGGUGACACAGAAUCACCUGUAUGUACUGACUUUGCAGCCAACGUGGACUUUUACUACACGCAGAUAUUGCAAUGUGUGGAGGAACUCAAACACUGGAUAGCCUUCUCAUAGUUGAAAUGAGCAGGAACAGGACACUAAGAGCUCACCAGUGGUUACUGGGGAGAGUAAACACAAUUAUGAUUUCAAGGUUUCUGUAACAGGUCCCACCUUCAGGUGUGGCAUAGCUGAUGAUGUAAACCUAACCCCUAAAUAGUAACUGAAAAGAACUCUAAAAUAGUAAUCAGGUGGUGGAAAAAUCAAGUGUUAAACUGUAGCAGUGUGGUGUGGGAGAAAAAUAAAAUGUCAUUCUCUUCACCCAGUGAAUAUUCACUCAUCAUCUUUGGGAAGUGAAGAAAAAAGAAAGAAUCCUCUAUACAGUCUCCUAUUGCCACAUGUUGUAAGCAAUCUUUGCAAGCUUAGGGAAAAGACAGUUUUGAUUUACAGCUGUUUGUCUCCAGCUAUCAUGCAAUAAGUCUGUGUUUUAUGAAAAUAUGACUUUAUUUUUCUUUUAAGUCUUAAUGUCUGUCUCCAUUUUUAAUUCUCCUGGUAAGCAGUGUAAUUUGGGUGGAGAGAGGAGAGUGCAGUGGCAUUAAUAAUCCUCAUCCUUGCAUCUUUGAUUUGUGUGUUGGCUAUUAAUGGGAUAAAUCUGCAGGCACAUUUUACCAAAAUCUCUAGAAUUUUAGUCUCAACAUUCUGUGGGCAGUUUGGAAAUCUGGAGAAAUUUUAAAUCUUGGCCUCUUGCAGAAAACACCAAAGAGUACAACGACUUUUAAUAAAUUACUCUGACUAAUAAUAUUAAAGAAGUUUUGGUCAAUUAAAAAAGGCAUAGGGCUAAGAGUUAGGAUACCCAAGUUGUCUUUCUAGCUUUGUCACCAACUGGCAGUAAUGGCUCCAUGUCAGAGUUUGUCCCUCUGUAAAUUGGGGAUAAUGAAGUUUGCUUUUAAGUAGAAAAAUGCAUUGCAAUAGGUACUUGAACUUGAGUUUCCUGCAUCCCAGGUGAGUGACCUAACCACUGGCCACAAAAGGUGGUCAGUAUCUCUCAUCCAGUGAGCAUUCAUGUAUAUAAAGUAAAACAGUUUAAACAGGGGGUGGGAACCAGCAUACAGAUAGAUUGGUGCUUAGGAUAUUGUCUUGGGAUGUAGGAGACUUGGGUUCAAGUCUCUACUCCAAAUCAAGUGGAGUAGGAAUUUGAAAAUACAAUUACCACCUCUCAGAUGAGUGCCUCAGCCACUGGGCUAUGUGCAUAACAGCAAGUGAAUAGAAAGACAGGCAUCUAUCCCAGACAGUUACCCUGAAGAAGUCUUCUUCCCCACUGUUUUUAGUGUGGUGUCCAAAUUUGUUCACAUUCUCCUAGAAUCUCUACUAGACUAGGCCCCACAGGUGAGAAGGGGCCUUUUGUCUGAGGAUUCCACCUAGGCUUAGGCAUGAGCUAGGGCACCAACCAGCUUGGCAGUGUCAGAACUUGUGUGGGUUGGCUCUUGGUGAGUUUUAGGAAUUUACAGGGCUUAGGCAGCUUUUAAGAUGAGGUUUGGAUGAUCUCCAUGGUGCCUGAACAUUGGAUUCAUUCAGCUGAAAUUGCAGGCAGACACCUAAAUCCCCUGUAGACCUAGCUUCUGGGGUUUGAUCUGCACUGGAACAGAUGACAAAACUCCUAUUGACUUUUGUAACACAGGAUCCAGACCGUUGGCAUCGAAGUCCCACUAACAGUCUGUGGGUGUUGGGAACUCAGUGUUUAAGUUUAAAUGAAAAUGAGCCUGAAAUGUUUAAAUGAACACAGUGCUUUUGAAAAUCUGAUUUAAAAUCCCUUUAUUACCACAGCAGGAGUAGAUGAAUUCCUGGUGUCACUGCACCUGCACUUUGACUUGAGUGAAGUUUUUCCUUAACAACUUGUAGGACUGGGGAUAGAAGAGGAGAAAGAGCAGACAUGGAAGUAUGUGGCCUGGAAGCUGCGUAAGUAGAAAGCAGGAGAUUGUUGCUGCCACUGCAACUGUGCAGUUAUCCGGACAUGACAGUAACUGGAAGCAACUCCACCGUGUCCCAGGUAUUCCAGGCCCUACUCCUGGGUUGGAAAUGAGGAUUCCAUGUCUCUUUCCCCAUCUCCCUCCUCAUUCCUGCAGGCAUGUUCACCUGGCUUUGCUCCCGGGGCUGAGGUUUGAGUCUCCACAUUUGUCCUAUUUUUUUAGUCUGCAUUAUGUGCAGGUGCAAAUAUUUGCUAUUUACAUUUUAGUAAUGAAUUCUUAUCAUUUUAAUUUAUUUUCUUACCUUCACAUUUGGUAGAGGAGGGAACCACUGCUAUGAUAAUGAAAAGCAAAAUUGAUCUUCAGAGCCCUUUGUGCUCAUCUUGGCCAGAAUAUUGCAACUGCUUCUGCCAGUGGCAUAAUGGAUUUAGCCAAUGGUAGAGUCCUGAAGUAGGUAUUGGUAAAAAUCUAUUUCUGCUGUAUCUCAGGACAGUGUUCUUAGGGGCUGCAAUUCACUCCAUCCAACAUUUUACAUGCUUACUAGUGUUGUAUGAUACAUUAUGUCCUAGUCUAGGACUGUACCACAUAAAGUAACAUAAGAUCAAAGGAGUAAGACAUAACUCAGAAUAUUAAAAAAAUCAUGCUUUUUGGGAUUUACAAAUGAAUUGCCUCUCUAGCAAGCUUGAACACUUCUAAUGCACUGUCAUCCUUAAAGGAUUAUUUGUAAAGUGAAUCUUAAAAUCACUGUUUUCCAGAAUAAGUUGCAUGUAUGAUUUUGUUGUUGUUGUUCCCAGCACUGAACCUGAGUUGAGUUAUACCUUAAAAAGCCUUUGUUGUAGCUUUAUAUUAAAACUAAUAAUUUAAAAUGUCUAGUUUAAUGCAAAAUGUUUGUUUUCUAAAUUAAACUUGAGAAUAAUUUUUCUUUUCUCCCCAAAGGGCCUUUUGUUUUACAGUAUUGUAAUGCUAGGGUAAUCUAUAAAGGGUUAUGGGAUAGUUGCUUUUUUAUCUCAACAUGUUACUGGCUGGUUCAGUACACCACUUUGAGUUUAUUUAUUUAGUUUAGAUUGAUUUUAAAGAGAUUCUCUUAUAUUCCUAUUUUUUGUAAAUUGCUGAUGGAGUGUUGAAAAGCAUGCAUGUUGUUGUUAAAACCUUGUAUUUAUAAUUUCUGUGUAGUUAGUGUAUUUUUUUGGGUUCCUGUAACUUUACAUUCAGUGUUUUAAGCCCUUUAAGUUUAUUUUGAAAGUAAUGAUUGUUGAUUUCAACUUUAAAAAUUCUUGUUUUUAAGUUUUGUGCACUCUGUCACCAAAAACUGCAAGAGUUAUAGCUAAAAGUAUUUAUUUAAAAGUAUAUCAGAUAUAGAGAUAAAGGAUUCUUAUUCCUUAGCUUCUUUUUAUUAGAAACUACUUUAAAGCCAUUUUAUUGUGAAUUUUAAAGAGAGAAAAGGCAACACCAUUUUUAAAAAUCAAUUUAACAUACACUCUGUGACCAGUCCCUGUACUGUGUGGUGUGGCUGUGUGGUGCUUUUUUGCCAGUGCAAAGCCACCCUAAUGCCAGCAGAACUGGCCAUAGGGGGAUCACCAAGUUCAGGGAAAUUCUUUAGUGGCAUGGAUCCAGCAUAACUUCCUCUCCACCACCCACCUACCUGCCACACUGCUGCUACAGUACGUGUCUGGGAGUUUCAGCAAUCCUUAGUUAGUGAUCCUUAGUUAGUGUUAUUUAAAGAAGCCCUCCAGCUGCUCCGUCUUACCUUGAGGUACCAGGCUGGCACAGAAGCAACCCAAGAUUGAGGGAGCGCCAAGGUCACUGCUCGGCUUCUGUGUUUUGCUGUUCAGCCCUGCACUGGAACUCAGUAUCUGAGCCUGAACUAUAUUUCUAUUCACAUUGCUUUGCAAAACAUUGAGGGUACUGAUUUUUGUUUUAUGCACAGUCUUGUUAACAGAAAUAGGUCAUGUGCUCUAGGCUGCAUCUGCAAACACUCAGUGGAGUAAAGUAGUAAAUUUGUUAUGCUUCGAACUCAGAGCAUUUACAGGGAAUGCCAGCUUGGGUCGCCAUCCCAUGCAUUUUGUUCUGUUUGGAUUGUCACACAGGAUCCACCUCUGUGGUGUCUGAGUGUUUAGAGCCCCACAGGUAGCAUGGUGAAUCCCAGCUAAACAGUCAACUUAAUCCCUCUUCUGUCCAAAAAUGUUUUAGCUCAUAUAAUUAGGAGAAGCAGCAAAGAUUACUGUAACCAAAAGAAAUCAGAGGGGAAAGAAGGUAUGUUUGUCUGUGUGCUUAUUUUGUGUCUUUGACAGCCUUUGGUGUAUAGCCAAUUUAAUUUCCUCUCUCCACUCCCUCGUAUUUGUCUGGGUGUACCACAUAGCACUAGGGAAGAAGCAAAAUAAUUCUAAAACAGUCUUAUGUGGUUGUGAAACCACAGCAGUUGGCAGGAGGACUCAAAGACUGGUGGUGUCCUCAGAACUAUUGAAGCUCAUAUCUUACACCGAGAUUUCAAGAUGCCAGUGUCUGUUUGGUUAAAAAGUGCCCAUUCCUCCUCCUACAUCAGCAGUUGCUACACUCCGUUUCACGCAUGUGUGUGUGUAUACGCACGUACACACCCACGUAUGUGAAGUCUUGCAAAUACCUUUGCUUUUAUACAUCAAGAAGAAAAAUGUAUAAUUCUGAUUAAUAAAUUUUCUGUAUUUUGCAAUGAGCCUCUUUUCUGUGGUUAGUACUGAAGCUCUGUGAGUGCAAAACAAGCCUGAAAUCUCAACAAAAAAAAAUUAAGUUGAAACUGGUUUCCUACAUGAUUGGGUGACAUUCCACUUAAUGACCGAAAGGGCUGUUACCUAUACAUUGAAAACAUUAUUGCCUAAAUCUAACAUAAAAACACCAAUCUGAAGGCACCAACUCCUAUUUGUAAUGAAUCUAAUCUUAGCUACUCUUAGCAACAGGAGGAAAUAACUGUAUUUGAGACCAUCAACCAAGCUUGUAAUUGAAGUACUGUAGUAAAGAAUAAAUAAAUUAAUAAAAAGUGUCCCAGAGCAAAUAUCUGAA